UCAAAACAAUAUUGAACUCAACAUGGCGAAAUGCAGGGCCGCCAUUGCUGCUCUUAGGGGACUGUUCUUCAAGCUUCUUCAGUAAGUCCCUGCCUUUAGAAAAAUGAUACGAUACGAUUUCACCUCUAAGCUCUUCUUUUUGCUCGAUUUCUGCAAAUCAAUCCACCAAAUCAAACAAACCCAUGCUCAACUGAUCACUACUGGUCUUGUUCUACACCCAAUUGCCACUAACAAACUUCUAAAACUUCUUUCCUUCUCCAGAUUUGGUUCUAUUUCUUAUGCCCAAAUGGUGUUCGAUCAUUUUCCCCAACCAGAUCUCUUCCUCUACAACACCAUCAUCAAAGCCCACGCGAUUUCAGCCACUUCCUCUGCAGAUUCCUUCACAAGGUUUCGUUCUCUGAUCCGCGAUGGAAGUUUAGUGCCCAAUCAGUAUUCUUUUGCAUUUGCCUUCAAGGGGUGUGGCAAUGCUGUUGGGGUUUUGGAAGGGGAGCAAGUUCGUGUUCAUGCUGUUAAACUUGGUUUGGAGAAUAAUUUGUUUGUGAUGAAUGCGUUGAUUGGGAUGUAUGUGAAUUUGGGGUUUGUUGGGGAUGCUAGAAAGGUGUUUGAUUGGAGCACAAUUAGAGAUAUGUACUCGUGGAAUAUCAUGCUUAGUGGGUAUGCGAAAUUGGGGAAAAUGGAUGAUGCUCGGGAACUGUUUGAUGAAAUGCCUGAAAGAGAUGUUGUGUCGUGGACAACAAUGAUUGCUGGAUGUGUCCAGGUUGGUCAUUUCAUGGGGGCUUUGGAUAUCUUCCACAAGAUGCUGCAAAAAGGGGUGGGCCUAAAUGAGUACACGUUGGCCAGUGCCCUUGCAGCUUGUGCUAAUCUUGUGGCGUUGGACCAAGGAAGAUGGAUGCAUGUUUAUAUUCGAAAGAAUGAGAUACAGUUGAAUGAUCGGUUGCUAGCCGGACUCAUUGACAUGUAUGUAAAAUGUGGUGAGUUAGAGUUUGCCUUGAAGCUUUUCAACAGUGAACGGAUGUCGAUUCGGAAGGUUUGGCCUUGGAAUGCCAUGAUUGGUGGGUUUGCAAUGCAUGGGAAAUCUAAGGAAGCAAUUGAGGUUUUUGAACAAAUGAAGGUUGAAAAAGUUUCUCCCAACAAAGUUACAUUUGUUGCUUUGUUAAAUGCUUGCAGUCAUGGCAAUAGAGUUGAAGAAGGAAGACGCUAUUUUGAAUCAAUGGCCGGUCUCUAUGGAGUCGAGCCUGAGUUAGAGCAUUAUGGAUGCAUGGUGGAUCUACUGGGACGUUCGGGACGCUUGAAGGAAGCCGAAGAGAUCAUAUCAAGUAUGCCUAUGACAGCAGAUGUAGCUAUCUGGGGCGCAUUACUUAGUGCUUGCAAAACCCAUAAGGAUAUUGAAAUGGGAGAGAGAAUUGGGAAAAUUGUUACAGAGCUGGAUUCUGACCAUCUGGGUUGCCAUGUUUUAUUAGCAAAUAUGUAUUCCUUGACUGGGAAUUGGAAUGAAGCCAGGACAUUAAGGGAGAAAAUUGCAGUAAGUGGGAAAAAGAAGACUCCUGGUUGCAGCUCCAUCGAGUUGAACGGGACGUUCCAUCAAUUUCUCGUAGGCGAUCGGUCCCAUCCUCAAACUAAAGAGCUGUAUAUGUUAUUGGAUGAGAUGACCACCAAGUUGAAGAUGGCUGGUUACAUCCCUGAAUCCGGAGAAGUUUUGCUGGAUAUCGAUGAUGAUGAGGACAGAGAAACAGCUCUGUUGAAGCACAGUGAGAAGCUGGCUAUUGCCUUUGGGUUGAUGAACACCGCACCUAGAACUCCAAUUCGCAUUGUGAAGAACUUGAGAGUAUGUGGAGACUGUCAUCAAGCUAUAAAGUUCAUUUCCAAGGUAUACGAUAGGGAGAUUGUUGUAAGGGACCGAAUUAGAUAUCAUCACUUUAAAGAUGGAGCUUGUUCGUGUAACGAUUACUGGUAGCGUUUGUUGUUUAUCUGCUAAUCUGCGUAGCCACACCUUCAAACUCUCUGCCUUCAUCGUUCAGGUACAUAAACUCUCAACUUCAUUGCCAAUACCUAAAUAGAAAGUCAUUUUUUUCAUAUUUAUGUUCAUGUGAAUUAGCUUAGCAUUUGAUGGAUCUAGCAUAGUUAGAAGAUUUCUGCUACCUCUUUGAGUUACAUGUUAAGCUUUCUUAAUAUUCAUCAUCGCUUCAUCUUGUUGCCUUCU